AUGAUCCGGUUCCGGAGCUCCAGCAUCAGGUCGCUGAGCGCGGAGAUGAAAUGCACCGUGCGGCUGCUGGACGACUCCGAGAUUUCCUGCUACAUCCAGAGGGAAACUAAAGGUCAGUUUCUCAUAGAUCACAUCUGCAACUAUUACAGCUUGCUGGAAAAAGACUAUUUUGGCAUUCGAUAUGUUGACCCUGAGAAGCAAAGGCACUGGCUUGAGCCCAACAAGUCUAUCAUCAAGCAAAUGAAAUCUCAUCCACCAUUUACCAUGUGCUUUAGAGUGAAAUUCUACCCACAUGAACCCCUGAAGAUUAAAGAAGAGCUCACCAGGUACCUCUUAUACCUACAAAUAAAAAGGGAUAUUUUCCAUGGCCGUUUGCUGUGUUCUUUUUCUGAUGCUGCCUACCUGGGUGCCUGUAUUGUCCAAGCUGAGCUUGGUGAUUAUGAUCCUGAGGAACACCCAGAGAAUUACAUCAGCGAUUUUAAGAUUUUUCCCAGGCAGUCACAAAAACUCGAGAAGAAAAUAGCUGAAAUGCAUAAAAAUGAAUUCAGAGGUCAGAGCCCAGCUGUUGCUGAAUUAAAUUUGCUCCUGAAAGCAUAUUCUUUGGAAACUUAUGGCGUUGAUCCUCAUCCUUGCAAGGACUCAAUGGGGAUGACUACAUUUUUAGGAUUCACAGCUGCAGGAUUUGUAGUUUUCCAGGGGAAUAAAAGAAUUCAUUUAUUGAAAUGGUGCGAUGUCUAUAAACUGAAAUUUGAAGGGAAGACUUUUUAUGUGUUUGGAGCUCAGAAAGAGAAAAAGACUGUGCUGUCAUUCCAUACCUCUACACCAGCAGCCUGCAAGCAUCUUUGGAAAUGUGGGGUGGAGAACCAGGCUUUUUACAAGUAUGCAAAAUCCAGUCAAAUCAAGACCAUGUCCAGCAGCAAGAUAUUUUUUAAAGGCAGUAGAUUUCGAUACAGCGGAAAAGUAGCCAAAGAGGUUGUGGAGGCAAGCUCUAAAAUCCAAAGGGAACCUCCUGAAGUUCACAGAACCAGCAUUACCCAGAGUCGCAGCUCUCCCUCCUGGAACAAGCAACUCAUAAUCAACAUGGAACCUCUACAACCUCUCCUUCCUUCUCCCUCUGAGGAGGAAGAGGCUCCUUUAGACAAAGGUGUCCAACUGCCAAGGGAAGAUGAGAUUUCAGUACCAGUGACCUCAAGCUCGCCAGUUAAGGACACUGUGGAGAAUGUUGAUCUUGCCAUUGAACAGGAAGAGAAAAUGAAAGAAGAACCUUUAACCAUCUCAGAACUGGUAUACAAUCCUAGUGCCAGCUUGCUGCCCACUCCUGUUGAUGAUGAGAUUGACAUUCUCUUUGAUACCUCUCCAAGAGUAGAGUAUGAGAAAGAUGAUACGGAUUCAUUUGAGGAACUGGAAGCAGAUGAAAAUGCAUUUUUGAUUGCCGAGGAGGAAGAACUGAAAGAAGCUCGGAGAGCGCUUAGGUGGAGCUGUGACUUUCUAAUGGGCAACAUAGAGGUGAAUGCCUUUGUGAAGAGUUUCUCCAGACUUCUCUUUGUAGGCCUUGGACUGUUACUGUUUGUGUUCCCUCUUCUCCUUGUUCUUCUGGAGUCGGACCUUCAAAUCUCUUUUCUCCAUGAAAUUCGUCAGACACCUGAGUUUCAGCAGUUUCAUAUUGAAUAUUACUGCCCCCUUAGGCAGUGGGUGGCUUGCAAAAUAAACUUCAUUCGUGACAUGCUGGGCAGCUUUUAAAUUUUAAAUAAAUAUGGUAAAACUAAGGGCUAUAUUCAAAAAUUCAGUUAGUGCCAGCUUGCCAUGAUGCCCCUGGAAACAGUAGCUGUUCCAGACAGCUUCAUAUCCACACAUGGAUAAACUUACAGAUUUUUCAAGUUCUUAAGUUUGCUUUGCAUUGUUAAAUUUCCUGUUUAACUACAGUCUUUUAUGGUCAGGUUUCAGUAACCAAAAAGAAGAUUUAUUCUAAUUGCAUUUCAGACUUCCUCCUCAUCUAUUACAUCAUAUAAGAUGGGAUCACAAUAAGUUUCAUUGUCCUUAACCUUUCAAUCCAUGACACUAAAUCCAAUGAAACUGAAAGAAAAACUGUUUUGAAUAUACUCCUUAGUGCAGCAAUCUUCUAACCAAUGCCUAUACAAGCAAUGUUUAUGCUGGGUUUUUGUUUUUGGUUUGUUUUUCUGUUUGUUUGGGUUUUUAAAAUUUUAUGUGUUUAAAAUAUUUUGGUAAUUUUUUAGCAAAAGACAACUUCGGAUGUUAUUUAAAUGUACAAGUUGGUAAGAAUAAUGCACAAGGGAAUUGGGGAUGUUUUUAGUGUUUUUGUUUUUAAAGUAGUGGUUGCAGAAUGAGUAAGUUUAAUAUAGGUCUAUAAAGAGAGACAGUGGUUUGGGAAAUACAUAGAAAGUUCACUCAAGUUCAGUAGGGGCUGCCUGGGGGAGGUAAAAGGACACCAAGUACGCAGAAGAAUUUCUGAAAGGCACAGUUGUAAAGCUGAUGGGAGUGAGCAGAAAGGAAAGUAAUGGUACUUCCUCUUAGCUGUCGGGUUGUCUUACAUAUUAUCAGUGCUGUAGAAAGUCUCUACAAGAUAGAGAUAUUUUGGAAAAGAGUGAGUUCAGUCUAAAUGUAGAUUAUUUUAGAUAACAUCAAAGUAGACAAUAGUAAGUAGGAAGAAAAAAAGCCAAAGCCCUCACUUAAAUUAGUAGGUGAGUGAGCUACUUUUAAAUAUUAUAAAGAGGAAAAGCAACAUGUUUUAUAUUUGUUUUUGAAAGCAAAGCAUUAGGCUAUACAGUUGACAUAAAAGUAUUCUACUGACUCACCAUUAAAGGCUUUAAGAGAUACAUCUUAAUCCUUGAUGCCCAUCAUUACUAAUCUCUAAGACAUGUUUUCUGUGCAUACGAAUAUGCUUGGUUUCAUACAUUGCAGUAGUAUACUUACCCCCUUUACUUGUUAUUACAAAUCUAGUUACAUGAUCUAAUGCUGUUUCAUGUAACAUGGGUUUGUAUAACUAAAGGUAUUCCAACAUAGCUUAGAGAAUAUGCUUAAGUAAUUCUUGUCAGUGCUGAGAACAUUUGAUUGCCCUCAAAUAUGCCACAGAGGUUGUACUUAAGAAAGCUUUUAGCCUUCCUUUCCCUGAUCUUAGUGCAGAUGUAUUUCAUAUUUAAACUAGGGAACUCUGAUUUUGGCCUCACAGUCUUUCUUCUGCUUAGAUAUUUAUGAAUUGGAGACAUAUUUGAGGCUAUUUUAUUAGAUGUCCAUUUAACACAUUGUAACUGCCUCUCUAAUUCCUACUAAAUAAAUUUCUUUCAUUUCAGUAUCAGAGAACCAGUUUUCCUUGGUUUUCUCAUGUAAGCCUUUGCAAAUAACAAGUUUGAAAAUGGCAAUUUCCUUAGAGGAUUUCUCCUUACCUUCUAAUCUUCUCCAGUUUUUAAGGGAACAAAACAGUUACAUGGCUUAGGAGUUCCCUUUCUCAGUUGAAAACUUUUGGAUUCCUAUUCAUUUCCCAAUGAACAAAUGCUAAAUUAAACACUUUUUUUCCUCUUGACUGUGCUUGUCCUUGCCAGUCUCUUCCCCAGAAUCAUUAUUGAUAAGUUACUUGAUGUAUAUUUCUUCUUGUGCUACUUGCAGCUAAAUGUUCCUUUCCCUUGAGGUAGUAAUCAUUCAGCCUAGAAAUGGAGAGUGAACUAAAGUAGAUGUUAGGCCUUAAUGGGAAAUUACUCACAUUAUUUCUAAACAAAGGUGUCAGAAAAGGUAUUUAAAGUGAUAAAGGCUGUGAGAACUGUCAUCCUGCUGGACUAUAGAGACAUGGUUCCACACAGGCUCCUGUGUAAGUAUGGUAAUUAUACAAAAAAAAAAAGAAAAGAAAAAGUUAGAUCCUAUGCUCUAAAAUAUAGUCUUGUCCCUGUAAAUUAUAGCAUUCCAAAAGUAGGUGUAUUGUUAUGCUUGAUUUAACUCUAUCAGAAAAUAACUGAGUUGCAUGAGAAUAUAAUCUCAAAAAAUGUGCAGUGCAGUGAAGUUUUAUGUAGGGUUAAAUGCAAGUGUAUGUGUGCACAUGUGCCUGCCUUUACUAAUCAUGUGCAUAUAUUCAGGCCUGGUCUUUUAAAAUUCUUCACUUUCUUCCUGAUACUUUCUGGUCUGUCAAACUAAUUUAACUGAAAGGCAUGAGAAACCUAUAAUGUAAAGACCAGGACCAUGUAUUACAUGCAGAAUUAUAUGAUUGGGUGUAUUCAGAGAGAGUAGCAGUCUAGUAUUUUAUUGGUGAGGAUGACGGACUUGGAUUAUGGAGCAUCUAUAGGUACAGUAUUGUGUAUUUCUGUCUGUGUUUGGAUUAUAUUGUAAAAUGUAUGUACUUGAAAUAUAUUUUGUGAUUUGUCUAACAUUUGUAAACACAACUCUGGGAAGAAUUAAAACCUGUUUUAUUUAAUGGAGAUUAAGGGGAAAAUAUACCUGUAACUUGAGCCUUAUCUUUGUACAGUGAAUUUCACAUUUCUAUAUGUCAACAUCCUGAUUGUUUUGUAUGUUGAUAUGAUGGCAGGAAACCCUAAUAAAAAUAC